AUGAACAAGUUCUGGGACGAGGCGACAUUCCUACUCGAGGUUCUCUUCUUAAAGCUUAUUGGUCAGGACAAAGAUGGGAUAGAUCUCAGCUUCACUGAAAGCAAAGUUGCCGUUUCCUGCACGAAGCGCGAGUCGAACCUCAGGAAAGCUAUGGAAAGAGCAAGGCCGAAGUACCAGCAGAGUGUUCUUGAGACGGACAUGCACGCAGCACUCAAAGGAAUCUUCGACCAGAUAGUCAUAAAAGGACGGCCAGUAAGCAUUGAGUUCGUCCAGUUCGGGGACGACGAAAUCGCCGUAGGGAGACUCAGGCACCUGGACAACGAUGUGGUUCUUUACGGCAUUGAGGACAUGAUCGAUCACGAAAUAUUCGCGGUCCAGGGUGACAUCCACAAGGUGCUUCUAGGAAGCUUCGUUGAAUCGUACGAUCGCCUGGACGAAACCGAAGAGCAAGACAGAGACAGUCUUGUGAGCAGGAGGACUUGGCCGCCGUUCCAGCAGCCUCAGAUCGGAAGCAUGAGUGAGUCUCCGGGUCACCAGGAUCCACGCGAGAGCUUUGGUGUCUAUCCAAGAUCCGCGGGCAGAAGGGAUUCCGAGGCAACUGUCAUGCCUCCGCGUGGACAAAAUGCUGAGCGGAAUUCAUGGUGGGACAGAUCUCACCGCUGA